AUGGCUGGGCAGGUCCUGUGUCACCCAUGGUCCUUGAGGCCACACAAGUCUCUGGGGAACACAGGGGCAGGGCCGAGCUGUGUCCCAAGGGCACUGCAAGGGUCCUGCAGGGGCCAUUCAGGUGUGCGAGGCAGCUGUUCAGGGGUCGCCUCUAACUUCCCAGGACAGCCAACCAUGGAGCCCGUGGGCAGGAAGCGCAGCAAGAGGGCUGCCAAGGUUCAGUUGGAGGCUCAAGUUAUGGCCGCCCCCGUGAAGGAGCAUGCAGGAAAGGAUCCAGUCAAUGAUGAACAUGAGGGAAGAAACCCUUUUACAGAAACAAGGGAGGAAGAUGUAACUGAUGAGCAUGGGGAAAGAGAACCUUUUGCUGAAAGAGAUGAGCACAUGGGGAUUCAUACCAUGAAGCUAGAAUAUAUUGCAGCUAACAUUAAAGAGGACCUUGCUGCAAAAAGAAAAAUGAUAAAAAUAGAUAAAGCCGCUUAUAGGAAAACCAAGGACACAAUUGAACGUGCUUUGAGAAAAAAACAACUAAAAAGGCAGAAACGUGAUUAUAGACAUACUCGGAAGUUGCUGAAUGUCCUUAAAGAAUACAUCGCAGACAAGCAGAAAGAUGAUGAGGAAGCAGAAGCAGCAGCAGCAGCAGCAGCAGCAGCAGCAGCAGAAGUAAUAGUAGUAGAAGAACAAGAGGAGGAGGAGAAGGAGGAGGAGGAGGAGAAAGAAGAAGGAGAAGGAGAAGAAACAGAAGAAGAAGUAAUUAAAGCAUUUCAAGAAAAACAGAAGAGGUGUCAACAACAUACAAGUGUUAGGAGAGGGGGGCUGAAAGAGGUGAAGCCGCUACGUGAGCAAUUCAUAAAGGCUACCAAGGACUGUAAAGACAAUUAUUGCAUCAUUUCUUCCGAUGAAGAAAGUGAACUUGAUAACUAG